GCAUUCGUUGAUCUGAUCAACAGGCCUUGGUUCUCGCGGCGUUGGACGGUUCAAGAGGCUGUUUUAUCUAACCAGAAAUACGCUCACUUGGGUAGCCGGACCUUUUGUUUGGGCUAUCUCGUGUGGCUCUGUGGGUUUGGGUCUCUUCAGCUGAAAUUCUACCACUUACAUAAAGAGCCAUUAGAGUAUAGCGAAUGCCGAAGAGUUUGUGUAGACCAUGGUUACACUCAUAAGAACCCAACACCGGUGGUGGAUCCCAUCGACACUAUAUUACGAGUCUGGCGGGCGUAUAGUGCAUUUACGAGAGGAGACAAACCAUCUCUCACUUUGGAAAGGCUAUUAGACAACUUUCAGGACUCGAGUCUUUUGAUGCCCGAGACGGUAUUUAUGCCUUCUUGUCAAUGGCAAGUGACAUUGACACGGAGGAAUGAUUUCCAUACUACUCAGACCAAGCUACAACUACGGAGAUCUUUGCCAAAGCUACAUUGCAUAUCAUACAACAGACUGGAAGUCUAG